ACGCAUGAGGCGGUGAAUUUGACGCGGACGCCGCUGGCGAGGACGAAUUCGCGGACUGAGAGGGUGCCUGGCGACUGGGCUGGGGCUGGCUGGUCGGCGAAUGGGGGUUGUAGCGACGUGUGUGAACGGGUAGGGGGCGAAAGGAACUGUCAAGGGGAUGAUGGGCAGAUGGAAUUUGACGGGGAGGUGAUGGCUUGUGUCGUCGGAUCCGGGCGAGGGCAGGGCGAGUCACCGCUCUGUGGCCCAGCGCCCGCCACGCGCCUCCAGAUCUUGUUGCACGACGGUCACGGACUUGACAGGCGCCCCCUCCAUAUUAUGCUCGUCCACGCCCGGCUGUCCUCCAGUCCGCCUCCUCCGGAACUCUCAUCAUCCCCCCGCGAGCUCCUCCCCCGCCAUGACCCGCGGCCGCAGAAAGGACAUGACCAUCCCGCCCUCCCGCGCCCUCCUCCAGCAGCGCGACUACCGCGCCCGCAAGGCACGCUAUGUCGCCGAUCUCGAGGAGCGCUGCAAGCAGACGGAGGAGGAGAACGCCCGUCUCAAGGAGCGGAUCGACGUCCUCGGCGCGCAACUCAGAGCCGCUGGCCAGUCCGCCGCACAGAGGACCAGCCCCAGCCCAGAGAUGGUACGCGCGUUCCCUGUCUACGCAGCGCGCUGCUGCGGUCUUCAUGGCCUUUGCAUCUCACACCGCCCUCGGCAGGCCGCCGCUACAAACGAGCUCAUGCACAACCUCUCCGCCGCCGCGCACUCGAUCGCCCAUUUCCAGCAGGUCGCCUUCGGCCCGCCCUCUGGCUCUGAGCCGUCCUCGGCCUCCAGUCUCCGCCUCCCCCCAAUCCAGAACCACACACCCACGUCACUUGCUACACCGUCGUUCACACCCUCGCCGUUACCACAGCCGCACCACCGACUGCCGCCCUCGCCCCGCCAACGAAUUGAGCUGCCGCCUCUGCACGCCAUUCACCGCGAUCUCUUUCGCGGACCGGGCGAAUCAUCGAGCUAUUCUCAUCAGCAGGCGCGGAUCCCAGGACCCCCACAAGCAGGGCCGAGCAACAGCGGCUACUCAGAGUCGGAAUGCUGUGGUGGGUACUUGGAUUGCAAUGGACUUGUUGAGGAUGAGGACGAAGACGGCAUUACAGACGACGAUGCAACGAGCCCCGAAUCAUCGAACCCUACACAGCGCAUGUCAGACGUGCGGUCAACGCGCUCUUCAUCAGGUCCGGAGGAUGCAGGCUCGUCCAGCGGCAGGUUGCCGCAACCACAAUGAAGUCUUUCCCCUCCGACAUCUAACAUUGGCGCACGUAAGUCCUCGGAUCGCGGCUUCCUGUCGACUGUCCUGAUUACGCCCGACAGUGGCUCUGGUCGCCGUCCGCCCUGGCAUUUCUAUCCUUAUAUGUCGAUGCAUGCUAUCUUUAUGUUACUGUUGUACCAUGAACUGUAAUAUGGAUGUACUUAGUCUAAUCUUAAUUCAAAUG